CACACACCAUAAAUUUCAAGUGUACUUAAAUUAUUAUAAUCUAUGCUUACAAGUUACAUCCUACACAGUACACACUUUUGAAUUUGACUUUGAAAGUUAAAACUUAAACGUAAUUUAUAAGAUUUGCAGAUUAUAACCAAGCUUCAACCGGCGAAGCAAAGUGCAAAAGUGAACUAUAAACAGACAAUGUUUUUACUCUAACAAUUGAGUCGACCUAAAGCAAAAUCAACAAUCAAGUGUCCACUCUUGUCUCAGUUGUUGAAUGUGAAAUAAAGUGUUAUUAUUAUAUCGGUUAGGACUUGAUAAUUCACCUUUCUAAUUAUGCAUCGCCACUUGCUGAUUCUGUGUUUUGUACUACUAUUAUAUAUCAUACCAGACUCUGGCUUGGCUAAGAAGCAAUCCUCCCUCACACAAAUUGAUGAUAUUAAAGAAUUCAAAAAACUUACGAAGUCUAAAACAAACAUUCUAGUACUAUUCAUUAACAAUAAUAAAAAAGUGCAUCAUUUAUUGAACAUAUUCAAAGAAGUUGCUGAGAAAUUGAAGGCGAGAGCUACUUUAGUCACUAUUGACUGUACUUCACAGUUUGGCAAGAAGCUUUGUAAGAAGUUAAAAAUAAAUGCAGAUGUACCAUAUAGCAUAAAGCAUUAUAAGAAUGGUGAAUUUAAUAAGGACUAUGACAGACAGGAAACCGUCAACUCUCUUUCAAACUUUCUUUUGGACCCAAACGCUGAAGACCCUUGGGAGGAAGACCCAUCAGCCGCUGAUGUGUAUCAUUUGACUGAUGGAAAGGCCUUAACAAAUUUCUUGAAGAAAGGUGCAAGUACUGCAAUGAAGGCCAUGGUUCUGUUCUACGCUCCAUGGUGCGGGUAUUGCAAGAUUUUGAAACCUGAAUAUGUUAAGGCAGCUGGUGAAUUACAAAGUGAAGCUAUGUUGGCAGCUAUUGAUGUGUCUAAGCCAGGUAACUCGAAACUCCGAACAGAAUACAACAUUACAGGAUUUCCUACCAUUUUAUAUUAUGAACGUGGACAAUUUCGCUACGUUUAUAAUGGCGACAAUAAACUGGAAGCGAUCGUGAAAUUCGUAAAAAAUCCCAGCAGCCAGCCGGAAAAGGUUGAGAGUGUACCGGAUCCCUGGGAUGUUGACACUCAACUACUGCACCUAACUGGGGAUAACUUCGAUUCAACUCUGGCGCAAAUUGAACACGCCGUUGUCGUGUUCUAUGCUCCUUGGUGCGGUCACUGUAAGAAUCUGAAACCAGAACUCAUAAAAGCAGAGGAGAGACUACGCAAUGAAAAGAUGAACGGUAAAAUAGCCGCCGUUGACGCUACCGCUCACAAGGAAUUAGGUUCAAGGUACAACGUGAAAGGAUAUCCCUCCAUAAAGUACUUCAACUACGGCCAAUUCAAAUACGAUAUUAAUGCUAGAACCGAGGCCGCUGUUGUGAACUUUUUGAAGAACCCGCAAGAACCACCAAAAUCUGACCCAGAGGUGCCGUGGAGGGAUGAAGAAAGCAGUGUUCGUCAUCUGAGUUCAAACACGUUUAAACAGGCGUUGCGCAAAAUCAAACACGCCCUUGUAAUGUUCUACGCACCUUGGUGUGGCCACUGUAAGAGAUCUAAGCCCGAAUACAUAAAAGCCGCAGAAGCAUUCGCGGACAAUCUCUUGGUAAUGUUUGGCGCUGUAGAUUGUACCGUAGAGACAGGCCUAUGUUCAGAACUGCAUGUUAAGUCGUAUCCCACUUUCAAGUAUUAUAAAUAUUAUGACUCUGCUGAAGAUUACACUGGGGGUAGAAAGACCGCAGACUUUGUACAAUUUAUUCAUACCCAAAUAAGUGUAUCUCAAGAACAACAAAAGGGUGUGAAAAAGCAUGAUCAAACUGGUUUUGGAGUCAAUGUCAUAAUAGGGAACGAUGGCAAUUAUGAGACAGUUCUUGGUAGCAAUCAACCCAGCUUUGUAAUGUUUCAUGCAAUGUGGUGUGAUCAUUGUAACGAAGUGAAACCCAACUUCAGCCGCCUCGCGACUAAGCUAAAGAGCGAUAAGAUAAAUGUCAACAUAGUCGCUGUAGAUGCAAUGGAGAAUCCCAAAGUGUCGGAUUUCGCUGGAAUCAAAUCAUUGCCAACUUUCAAAUUGUAUUCCAGCCUCAAAGAAUUACGAGUAUACGACGGUGAUAGGAGUAUUGAGGAUAUGUACACCUUUUGCAAGACGGCACAAAAGGUUAAUGACGAAUUGUGAUAUGGAUAAGAUUAUAGAAACAAUCGUAUGUACACAAGUAGUUUUCUAAAACUAAUGUACCUACGUAGAUAUGUUAUAUAUUAUAUAUUAUGUAGUUGUUAAAUGUAGCUAUAUUAAUAGUUCUCUACAAAAAUAACGUAUAAUUGGACAAAUAAUAAUUAUAUAUUUUUAACGAACCACUUACAUCAAUUAUAAUCUAGCAAAUUCGUUUGUGACAUUCAUUUGAACACAGAGCGCGCGGUCGACAAAACAAUCUUUUAUCGUUCCGUUGUUAAGAAACGUUUUCGAUCGACCGUUUUUCACUGACUGCAAAUCCUACUACUACCAAAAGGUCUUUUCAUUUUUAGGUAUAUGUAUAGCCUUUAACACUGACAAAUAAUGUGGCUUUCUAUUUUGUAAUAGAAUUUUCAAAGUUGGUUCAGUAGGCCCAGAGAAUGCCAGCUUAACCUCACAGCUUCACAAACUUUACCUCAAUUACUGCACUGAUUUACUGAAAUAAAAUGCGUUAUAAAUAGUUAGUUCCUCCAGCCAUUGUGCCACCAUAAUUAGAACAAAACAUAAAAAUAUAUUUAACGGAAUAGUUAAUUUGAUAUAUAUAUAUAUUAUCUCUGUCGUAUUGACAGGUGACCUCAUUAGAUUAAGAGUAGCGUUCUCAUGAUCAGACACGAAUUUUAAAAUUAAUUAAUGUUUUGAUUUCAUAAUGAAAUUUAAUUUCAUAAUGAAAGUUAACAAUUAAAUGCAUUAUCUUUUAAUAUGCAGACCGUUCCUAACAAAAGCUUACAAAGUCAAUAGAAAAUACUGCUAAGUUAUAUUUUUAUGUGACUAGUUUUUGUAUUUAAAGAACAAAUGUAGAUAAUUGUUAUUAUUAAUUCAUACACACUCGAUCUAUUAUGAUGUAACGAUUACAUGCGAAAGAAAUGGGUAACGGAUAAGAAUAUAUUUUCAUAUGUAUAUCAGAUAUCCUGUGAAUGUAGUAAAAAUAUUUGGUAACGAUUAUAAAAUUAGUUUAAGUAGCAAUUAACCCUUAAGUUGUGUUACAGUUUUACGAGUGGGUCAAUUUGUUACUUAUUAAUAUCGUCGUCAUAGCUGAGUCAAUAUGUCUGCCUGUAAAACUUUUGAGUGCAACAGAGAGUGCAGACAGCCAAAAUUAAAUAACGUAUAAAAUGAAUUCACUCAUAAAACCCAAACUAUGUCUCUUUUGUUUGUCCAAAAUGUUUUUUUACAUAUUAUUGUGUCAUGAAUCACAUUAAGUAAUAUUAAAAAGUUAAAAUUAGUUUAUCCUUUGCUCAUUCAUUUAUAUAAAUGUAUUUUUUCUAUGAAUUUUAUAGCCUCUAUAGAUCAGAAAGUACUUAAAGCGAUAAUAUUUAAUUAUUUACAUAUUUUUGAUAUUCUAUACACUAUUCAAGUUUACAAUGUUUUAUAGCUAUUAAGUAUAAAAUAUGUCGAUAGUUGUUGAUGAAUUUAAUUGUAAAAGUUUGUAUACUUAUUAGUAAAUCAUUCAUUAGUUUGUUUCAUUAAGGGCAUACAUUCAAAAUAGAUUGAUUAGGGGAUAGCAAUAAGUAAUCUACUUAGGCCGCCCCAUAUAACACAAAUAUUUUUGUUUAUUUUUUUAUAUUUUCUUGUUUACCAGUAGUAGUAUAUGAAGUAUGUAUCGCUUCUUUAGUGUUAGUUAAAAUAAAUUUAAAUAUUUGAAUAUUAUAGUGAAAAAUAAGUAUGACCUUCAUACCACACAAAAGCUACAGAAAAACAUUUUAUAUCACUAUUUUGAAGGUAGGCUCUUAGAACUUAAAAUAAACAGUAUUGUAAUGGGUAGGGCGUAUCAAUUACAAUCAUCUGAACGUCCUGCUCGUCUCGUCCCUUAUAUUCAUUAAAAAAAAAAAACAAAUAGUAAAUAUAGACAUGUGAUGAUGCUUCCAGACUGUUAAAUACUCAUUUUGUUAUCCAUAGAUGUCAUUAUUUUAUUUACAGGAUUAAAGAAAAAACUCAGUGUCCCGAUUAAAACACGAUUAUAACUAUAUUAAGUUAAUUAAAACCUCUAAGAUUCAGAAGAACGAUCCAAUAAGGCGAAUAAAAUACUCUAAACAUUUAUUUUUGUUAUCUUUUUCAGAUUUAAAGUAAGGAUAAUAUUUCAAGAAAUUGUCAAUAUGCAAUUCCCUUGUUAUGUUAGUAAAUAAAGUUUAUUUAUGUA